UCUCCGGCUGCCUGAAAAUUUCCUAUCUGCUGCUCGCUCUGUUUCUGUCACUUCACUGUCAACAUGUUGAAGUUGAGAAGCGCCUCACUGAGAUCUGCUGCAGCCCUGCUCUCACCUGCUGCUGCUGCUGCUACUGCUCCUGCUCAGCCUCGUAUGCACCUCUCUACUGGUCUUCAACAGGAACACAGAACCUUCUAUGAGUUCCGCACCUACUGCAUCCGUCCCGACCAGAACGUUGCCUUCCUCAAACUGACCAAUGAGAAGAUUCACCUGCGCACUGCCCACUCUGAGCUGAUUGGCUACUGGACUGUCGAGUACGGUGGCCUGAACAAGGUCUUCCAUAUAUGGAAAUAUGACAGUUAUUCUCAGCGGGCAAGUGUUCGGGCUGCACUGGCUCAGGACCCCACCUGGAUCUCAGACUACAUCUCCAAGGCGUUACCGAUGCUGACAUCUCAGGACAAUGAGGUCACCUACCUGGUUCCCUGGAGCCACCUGCAGAAGCCGCCACAGGAGGGCGGUGUGUAUGAGAUGGUGUCCUUCCAGAUGCGUCCCGGCGGUCCGGCAAUGUGGGGCAAGGACUUUCGGGCUGCUGUCACUGCCCAUGAUGCACCAGGCUACGGCAAGCUGUUGGGAGCGUUCCACAAUGAGUUUGGCCCAAUGAACAGAGUUCAUGCCCUCUGGUGGUUCGAGAGUGCCGACCAGCGAGCUGAACUUCGACACAAAGCUCACACUGAUGCCAGAGUGGUCGCUGCAGUCAGAAACAGCGUCGUCCACCUGGACUCUCAGGACAAUAAACUCAUGUUUGCCUGUCAGUUCUCACCACUGAAGUAACUUCCCGUCCUCUCACCUGCUUCUCCGCGGCAACAGAGACAAACACCGUAACAUAUAAAACUAAUCUUUGUCUUGUGCUCUCCUGCAUCCCUCCUGCAUCCCUCCUACGCCUGACUGACCCCCCUUUUCCUGUGCUGAACCAAUCACGGCUCAGAUUGAACUCUUGUCACCUUCCUGCUCUAAAGCUUGUGCUUUGUGCGCAGUCACGGUGCUCACAAUGUCAGUGAACGUUUAAAACAUGAAUCAUUCAGAGCGAGUCGUCGUCUCUGAGCCUGCCAGCCUGGACGCUGAUCCUGUUGGAGGUGGGCGGUGCUGACAGACUGAUGAUAAACGAUGUGAAAAAUAACUGAACAAUAAACUGAGACAUGAAAGUUUG